AUGAAGACGAAGUACCAAGGCACUGCACGGGUGAAACGUGCACAACUCCAAUCUCUUCACAAAGAGUUUGAAAUUCUUCAUAUGAAGGAAGAAGAGUUAGUAAAUGAUUACUUUGCAAGAACAUUGUCAAUUGCAAACAAGAUGCGCAUCCAUGGAGAAAAUUUGGAAGAUGUUGCAGUCAUUGAGAAAAUCCUUCGCUCAAUGACACGCAAAUUUGACUAUGUGGUGUGUUCCAUUGAAGAAUCAAAUGACAUUAAUAGUCUUUCGAUUGAUGUGUUGCAAAGCUCACUGUUAGUUCAUGAGCAGAGGAUGACCAGCUAUGUUGUGGAGGAGCAAGCCUUGAAGGUCAGUACUCAUGAAGGAACUACUUCUUCAGGAAAAGGUAGAGGACGUAGAGGACUUCGUGGAAGCAGGAGAGGUAGAGGACGCCAACUUUCUUACAACCAAGGAGCACAAUUUGACAAGGCAAGUGUGGAAUGUUAUCACUGUCACAAGCUUGGCCACUAUCAGUAUGAAUGCCCAUACAAAGAGAAGGAAACCAAGGUAAAUUUCGCUAAGACUGAAGGAGAAAUACUCUUGAUGGCUUACAUCGACAAGAAGGAGAUUUCAUCAGGUGAUACUUGGUAUUUAGAUUUGGGUUGCUGCAAUCACAUGUGUGGAAACAAGUCUUUAUUUUAUGAUUUGGAAGAAACAUUCAGAUAA